GUACGUACUCCACCUCUCUCUGUUACUCCUCCGGGAGCCAGAAGCCAAAAGCCAAAAGCCAAAAGCCAAAAGCUGGUUUUCUCAAAAACAGUGAAAAGCCUCAGCUCCGAUUGUGAAUCUCUUUGAAUUCGUAAUAGAGGCAUUUGUAAAGUAGAUUCAUGGUGCAUUGCGGUUUCUGAUCUGUCUCCUUACAGAAUUUCACUUCCUGAAACGGAGAAAUUACUUCGACGGCGACUUUUCAGGUUGAUAUUGCGUUUUGGUUUCUGAAUCGGAGUUCAGUCGGAAAAUGGCGAAGCGCGGGUACAAAUUGCAAGAGUUCGUGGCUCAUUCAGGGAGUGUGAAUUGUCUUAGUGUUGGGAAGAAGACAACUCGGCUUUUCAUUACGGGUGGGGAUGAUAAAAAAGUCAAUCUUUGGUCCAUUGGCAAACCUACAGCUUUAAUGAGCCUAUGUGGUCAUGCAAGCCCAGUAGAAUCUCUAGGAUUUGAUUCGACAGAAGUUUUGGUUCUUGCUGGAGCUUCUGCUGGUGUCAUAAAGUUGUGGGAUCUGGAAGAAACAAAGAUGGUUCGCACUCUUACCGGACACAGAUCCAAUUGUACUGCUGUUGAAUUCCAUCCAUUUGGUGAAUUUUUUGCCUCUGGUGCCAUGGAUACUAAUCUAAAGAUCUGGGAUAUCAGAAAGAAAGGAUGCAUUCACACAUACAAGGGCCAUACUCGAGGAAUCAGUACCAUAAAAUUCACUCCUGAUGGUCGGUGGGUGGUUUCUGGAGGAUUUGACAAUGUUGUGAAGGUGUGGGACCUAACUGCUGGAAAGCUGUUGCAUGAUUUUAAGUUCCACGAAGGACAUAUUCGCUCAAUUGAUUUCCAUCCCCUUGAGUUCCUUUUGGCAACAGGUUCAGCAGAUAGAACAGUGAAAUUUUGGGAUUUGGAGACCUUUGAAUUGAUUGGAUCUACCAGACCUGAGGCUACAGGAGUACGAUCAAUUGCAUUCCACCCUGAUGGUAGAACCCUGUUUUGUGGGUUGGAUGAUUGUUUAAAGGUUUACUCAUGGGAGCCAUUAAUUUGUCAUGAUACUGUGGAUAUGGGAUGGUCAACACUGGGAGAUCUCUGCAUCCAUGAUGGGAAACUCUUGGGUUGCUCUUAUUAUGGGAAUUCUGUUGCUGUUUGGGCAGCAGAUAUUUCGCUUAUUGAGCCAUAUGGUAACCCCCACAGUAUACCUGAUCAAAAUAGCCACUCUGAGCAGAAAUAUGAUAUCCAGGAAAGUCCUUUGGUUAAAGUUGGGAGUCAUAGAAGGUCUGCCUCAAGUUUGCGCUGCCUAUCUCCAGAUUCUGAGACUAAGGAAAUAAAGAAUAUAUACGUGGACACUGCAGGAGCAAAUCCAGUUGCUUCAAAAAGAGUUGGGUCGUAUACAUCUCCUAAAGUUGUACCCCCAUCAGAUCCCAAGGAAGUGAACAGUUUACUUGCCCAGAAGCAGGGUCCUGCAGUUGGUAUGCAUGUGAAAACUACUGGGCAAACAAACAGUAAAUCCUUCACAGUGCCUAGCAUUGUUCCUCGGGACAGUCUUGAUAGAAAAGAUUUUGGAAAUUCUAGAAGAGAAUCUGUUACACCUGCUAGGGGCAGCUCUGUUACAGCAUUCAAACCAAAUCAUGUACGGAGGCCAUCAGCUUCUAAAUUUGAUAUGGAGAGGAUGUCAGUGCCUGUUGAAUCUGAAUCUGUUUCUAAAACAAGUGAUGCUACUGCAGUGGAUCUGAGCUCACAUGACAACGUUGUAACUCAUGAUGAUGAUAGAGAAACCUCUUUCAAAAAUCAUUUGACUAUCAAGAGUGUUGCAGAGAAGUUUGAAAAAAUCUUGUCACCACAGACACCAUCCAAUCAAGAAAACUGCAAUGAAUCCAUCAAUGGCACUGAAGCAAAAAAUUCAGUUAAAAUUGUGAAUGGAGUGGCAGUUGUACAAGGAAGAACCCGCUCUUUGGUUGAGAGGUUUGAAAGGAGAGAGAGCUCAAGUACUGAUGAGAUUCAGGAACCCAAUACAACCCCUCAUACAAUACACGAGACAGCUACAGUAGCUCCCGAUCUAAAUAGACAUCCACAAAUAACUGGAAGGGCAUUGACAUCCAUGGAUGGUGGCAAUGCUAUUGAAGAUCUGAUGCAAAAUCAUGAUGUAUUUUUAAGUACCCUUCGAUCCCGCUUGACAAAAUUACAGGUAGUGCAGCAUUUUUGGGAGCGGAAUGAUAUUAAGGGUGCUAUAGAUGCUGUACGGAAGUUGCCUGAUCAUUCUGUACAAGCAGAAUUGAUUGGUCUUCUCAUGGAGAAAAUGGAGAUUCUCACCUUAGAUCUGUUCUCUUACUUGCUGCCUGUGCUUUCCAGUUUAUUGAAUAGCAAGAUAGAAAGGCAUGCCAAUAUUUCCCUGGAGAUGCUAUUGAAGCUUGUAGCAGUCUUUGGGCCAGUAGUCCACUCAACCAUUUCAGCACCUCCAGCUGUUGGUGUUGAUCUUCAGGCAGAGCAAAGGCUUGAAUGCUGUAAUCAAUGCUUUCUCCAGCUUCAAAAGAUUCAAAAAAUUCUUCCAAUCCUUGUAAGGAGGGGCAGUUUACUGGCAAAAUCCGCUCAACAAUUAAAUCUGGUUCUUCAAGACUCAUGAUCCACCAUGCCACAAUCAGAUGCAUUGCCGCUGAAGAGUAAUGCAGUAGUAGGCUUAUUACCCUCUUAACAACAUUCAUAUGGGACAGAACCAUGCCUAUAUCGAGGCUGGCUCGCGCAAUUUUGCAUUACUGCUUUCAUUUUGCUAAUGUCAUCUUACAUGCUCUUUCUCCAUGGCCUAGAUUGAAGUUUCCCAAGUUUUAAAAAGGUGAAGCUUGAGGCACACCUGAUUCAUCUAUCUGCACUACUUGUUGAGGAAGCAAUCUAUAUCUCACAAUAGAUGGAUCAAUUGGCAGUGCACCCCACCCUUCUACUAGCGAUCAUCUCUCUAUUUGUUUGUUCAUUUUUGUAUGUAAUGUAAUCUGCCAAAAGCAUGAUGUAUAUUUGUUGUACACCUUAAUGCUCUCUUAAUUCAAUGUUAUAUAUUCCAUC